AUUGCAAUGUCAGCAUAAACGACCCUCUUCCAGCUCAUGGACAGUUCUCCUGAUGAAGACACUAACUGUUCUCCUAGUGUCCUGUGCUCUGUCAGCGUUGUUCUCCAGUGCUGCUAGUCUCCUGGAGGGACUCUACUGUGGCAGAGAGAGCUGCUAUGACGUUCUUCAAGUGGACAAAGAUGUCACAGCUGCUGAGAUGAGGAGAGCCUAUCGACACCUGGCACUGGAGUACCAUCCUGACAAGAACAAGGCUGAGGGCUCUAGGGAGAGGUUCCAGCUCAUCAGCACGACCUACGAGAUACUGAAGGAUGAGGAGGAGAGAGCAAACUAUGACUACAUGUUUGAGAACCCUGAGCAAGUGUACCGUCACUACUAUCACUACGACCAUCGUCGAGGGACCUCCCAGGUGGACAUCCGAGUGGUUGUGGGUGUGGCCAUCAGCGUCAUCUCUCUGGUCCAGUACCUCGACUGGUGGCACUCGUACAAUACAGCCAUCACUGCAGCUCUCUCAGAAUGCCAAGAUAUCGUGGUAAGGCUGAGGAGCUGGCAGUGGAGAAGGGGUUGUUGAAGGAGGGUCAGAGACAGACUCAAGGGAGGAAAUAAAGAACGAUGAAGAGACUGCUACGGAUAAUUGUGGAGGUGACCUCAUGCAACAUUCUUGGUGAUACAGUAUAAACCUAUGCUGCGGAGUACAAGGAGGAAAGGAAAGAAGGACAGCACUGCUAGACAAUGCCAAGUACAAGAAGUACAAGUGAGUGAGUAAAUGUGUGAGAGUGAGGCCAGUGAAGGAGGCUAGACGAUACCAAGUACAGUGAGAGAUACAUGAGAGCACUGGUCAGAAAAGAGUCACCACAAACUGUUAGGGACAAUAUAACAUUUUGUAUGAAAGCAUAUUUAUCAUUUUUGCUUCGGUUUUUAAAUUAUUGAAAGGAGUCUUGCAGUAAUAAUUUGUGUUUGUAAAAAAAACAAUUUUAUUUUG